AUGAGCUACAAUAGCAGAACUAUUGAUUUGAUUCUCAAGGCCCAAGAACCAAAUUAAAAGUAAUUCACGACAUUCCAACAAUUCUUUAAAUCCAAUAACCCACCACCACUCUUAUUUGAAAAAAACAUUACUCCUAAGAAUGUCAAAGCUUAGCGUUCCUUUUCUAAUAAAACAUAGGAUUCAAUCAAAGAAACAAAAAGAAAAAGCUUAAGUCAACUUAAAUACCCUGAAUACAGAAUGUUGAAAAUAUAUGCAAGAAUCAAGCCAGGAGAAUGCUAACUUAAUUAUGACAAGUAAUCAAUUCUCAUUGAAACUAACCCUUAUAAUUUUGAUAGAGUAUUUGAAUAAUCAGCUACAUAGGGUGAUAUUUUUGACAUAGUGGCAAAAUAGACAGUUGAUGAUUUUCUAAAUAAUAUAAAUGGGUGUUUAAUAGCAUACGGAUAAACUGGAAGUGGAAAAACAUUCACUAUGUUUGGGGAAUCCAGCAACCCUGGUAUAGUUUUAAGAACAUUCACGCAUUUGUUUUCAAGAAAUUAAGAAACAAUUUAUGUUUCCAUUCUCGAAAUCUACAAAGAUCACGUGUAUGAUCUUGUAUCUGGUGUUUAAGAUUUAAAAUUGAAAGAGGACCUUUAAUUAGGUUUCUAUGUUGAUGGAUUAAAAAAAAUUAAAGUUGACAAAUUAGAAAGCUGUUAGGAAUUACUUUAAAUAGCUGAAGAAAACAGACAUGUGGCUGAAACUAAAUUGAACGCUCUUAGUAGUAGAAGUCAUUUGAUCUUGACUAUUUAAAUGGGAAAAACAAAGCUUCAUUUAGUUGAUUUAGCAGGGAGUGAAAAGGUUAAUAAAACUGGGGCAAUUGGUGAAACAUUGUAGGAAGCAAAAAAAAUUAAUUAUUCAUUGUCAUGUUUAGGACAUGUUAUCCAAUGUUUAUCAUAGGGAUAGGAUCACAUUCCAUAUAGGGAUUCUAAACUUACUAAAUUGUUAAUGGACAGUCUAUAAGCAGAUUGCAGAACAUCAAUUAUUGUGACUCUCUCUCCUGAAAGUAAAAAUUAGGAUGAAACUGUUUCGUCUUUAAAGUUUGCUUAGAGGGCUAGGUUUAUUAAGAAGGAAAUUAGAAUUGCAACCCAGAAAAAAACAUAUAGAGAUUUAGAAUUGGAAAUCACUCAACUUAAAUAGGAACUAUUGGAAACUAAAUAAAGAAUGAGUUAGACGAGUUCAGUUUCAUAGUUUCAAUGUCGAUACACUACUGAUUCUGAAAUCCCAUGCACUGAGAGUUUGAGAUUAACUUAUAGAAGCAUGACUAAUGAAAACAAGGAAAAUUAUUUGCCUAAUCUCAAAACUUAAGAAAAUAAUACUUAGUUAGAAUUAGAAAAUAAGAUCAAUUAAAUUUUGGUUGAAUUACAGGGAUUGAACAAAGAGUAGAGUCUUGAUAAUGUGAAAAGAUAGGUUGCUAAAAUAAAUGAAUUAACUAUUGACAUGAAGAAAACCUAUAAAGUUUUAGUUAGUACUCAAGGCUUGAAUAAUAACUAGUUACAAAUUCAAAGUCAAUUUAUUGAAACUUAACAAGAACAAAAUAAGUAGUUACAGAAGAUUGCUGAAUAAAUAUCUAGUAUGGAUUCUAGCAAACCAAGUUUCAAUAUAGCUAUCAAUAAUAUGAUUAAGAAUCUUUAAUAAUAAUAGAAAUAGAACAUUGAGGAUAUGUAAUCUAAAUUAGAAAAGGUGUAUUAUGAUAUUAAAAAAAAUACAACUGUUUAAGACUAUAAUUUAAAUCAUUUAGCAUUGAAAUUAGUUGCAUCUCCGAAUAGAUAACAAUAAUAAUAACAAUAACAAUAAAUUAAAAGAUCUUAAUCAAAAACAAAUAUAAAUCCUUCUGUUAAGUAUUUAAAAAAUAAAAAAUGA